AUGCGGAUCUCAAAAGAUCCAAAAAACCGAUUGUAUCGAGAAUCAAGAGGCAACCGCUUGCGUUCAUCUUCUUCUCCAGCGACCUGUUCUCCCCUGAAAUUACCCCCAAAUCCCGCUAGAGAUUCGGAAUUCGUGCCUCCUUGCCGUCGAUCUGGCCCCCCAUCAGUGCCUACUGCUCGUGGAUUUCGGCCAGCAUCAGUGUCGCUUGCGGCAGCGAGGAGUCUAACGGCUGACUGUACGGCAGCGUUGUCGUACGGGAACUGCUCAACCUCACCAAGUUUCUUAUCGGCGAACCUCCAGAGCAAGUGUGGCAAUAGUCAUCAAGAACUCAUCUAAUUCUAACCAUUUUUUUCCCUUUCUCUUCUUCUGAUACUCAAAACCUAGCAGGGCUUCCCCAGAUGAGUUUCUACCAUUUUACACACAACCAAAUUUCAAAGUGACUUCAAAAAUCUAAAAUGCCUGUGCCAGCAAGACUCGAACCAUCUGAUCUAACCCCCACGAAAAACGCUUUCAUCUCAGCCAUCCAAUUCGCCACAUCAUCCGACGGCCCGUGCCCCACUCUCGGUUACGGGCCGCGUGUCUCGGCCCAAGAACAGGUAGAAUACAUGCUGGCUAAGAGCGAGUUCACGCUCUCCUCCGACCCUGACAUUUUAUCCGAGGCCCGAACGGGCCUUUCCGGAACCCUCUCGUCGUUCGAGCGCCUGCUGGCGGAAUCUUCCGAGGAAGGAAUCACUCGGUGCCUCUCGGAUCUCGAGUGGAUGUGCGGAGUCUCACAAAAGAUGGGCCUCAUGGCCGAGUUCGUCUCCGGGUGGAUCGACUCGUCUGAGGGAAUUCUAAAGGCAGUCGAGGCCCGCGGGCUUGGGCCGGGCUUUCGGGCCCGUAUUUUGCGGGUGGUGUAUAGGGUGUUGGAUGCGGUGGGGUACGGGAGUGUUAUCCUGCGGGCCGCGGGUCGGGUGAGGGUUUUGAAGGUGUGGGUGCCGUUUGUGAGGAGUUUGAGGGGUGAGGGGUGGUUGGAGGGUGACGAGGAUAUGUGGGAAGGGAUAGAAGGGGCGAUUGUGUCAAUAGUGUCGGGAUUGCCGUCUGAUGAUCAGGCGGAGAUUCUGGCGGAGUGGAUGGAGGGUGGUGAUGGGGGGAGGUACCCGGAUUUGAGUGAGGCUUUCGAGGUGUGGUGUUUUAGGAGCAAGUCUGCUAAGAGGAGGUUGGGUUUUAGUAUAUAGUGUAAGUUUAGUUUCUGAGUUUAUUUAAUCAUUUUUUUUUUUUAUGCUUUUCCUUUUGGUGGUUUGUUUGUUGUUGAUGUUGUUGUUGUUGUUGUAUGGUGUUAGGUUGGGAGCUUUCAUAGUUCCAUUCUGAGAAGGUUUGUAUGAGUUUUUUGGAGAUGGACAUGGUUGGUUCAUUGUUUUCCUUGCAGAUUC